UCUCUCUCUCUUAUAGAAUCAUCAUCACAAACAAACUACUCAUCAGUUCUCUGUUUUGUCUUCCGUCUCCAGAUUUCUCUCAGAUUCCGACCCAAAAUCAACUCGUCGCUGCUUUUGUCUUUGGUGUUUGUAGGAAUGAUAACGCGGAUCCUCUCCGAUCUCAUGGAUAUGCCAACGGCGGUUGCUGCCGGUGAAUCGGUACUGGGUACAAUCAAGAUCGCUGUGAUGCCAAUAGCUAAAGUGUUCACCAUGUGCUUCUUGGGUCUUCUCAUUGCCUCCAAAUACGUCAACAUCUUGCCUCCCUCCGGAAGAAAACUCUUGAACGGGUUGGUCUUCACGCUUCUGCUUCCAUGCUUGAUCUUUUCCCAGCUCGGACAAGCCGUCACUCUCCACAAGAUGCUUCAAUGGUGGUUCAUUCCGGUUAACGUUGUUCUUGGUACAAUCUCAGGAUCGUUAAUAGGCUUCCUUGUUGCUACCAUUAUUCGGCCUCCUUACCCUUAUUUCAAGUUUACAAUCAUACAAAUCGGAGUUGGUAACAUUGGCAAUGUCCCUCUUGUGUUACUAGCGGCUCUAUGUAGGGACAAAUCCAACCCUUUUGGUGACUCUGAAAAAUGUAGCAUUGAUGGCACUGCCUAUAUCUCUUUUGGUCAAUGGGUUGGUGCCAUCAUCCUCUACACAUAUGUGUACCAGAUGUUCACUCCUCCCCCUGAAGGUUUCGGUGGUGAAGAAGAAAAUCUACCUUUGAAAAACGUACAAGUAGAUGCUGCUUCUCCAGAGCAAGUCCCCUUGCUUACUCAGAACCAUCCCAAGGACACUCUGCCCGCUCAAGCUCGCCUCCCUGUAGGAAGAGUGGAUUCAAAGAUUACACAGAUCUUUGUUUACCUCUAUGAGAAGUUGAAACUAAAGCAAAUCAUCCAACCUGCAAUAAUUUCUUCUAUUCUUGCCAUGAUACUUGGUGCAAUACCUUUCACAAAGAAGUUGAUAUUCACAAACAAUUCACCUCUUUUCUUCUUCACAGACAGUUGCAUGAUUCUUGGGGACGCCAUGAUACCUUGCAUCUUGCUGGCACUUGGUGGGAAUCUCAUCAACGGACCAGGAAGUUCUAAACUUGGUUUCAAGACAACAGCGGCGAUUAUAGUUGGACGGUUGGUGUUGGUGCCACCAGCAGGGCUAGGGAUAGUGACAUUAGCAGACAAACUUGGGUUCCUUCCAACUGAUGACAAGAUGUUUAGGUUUGUAUUACUUCUACAACACACAAUGCCUACCUCUGUGCUCUCAGGUGCUGUUGCCAACCUGAGAGGAUGUGGAAGGGAGUCAGCUGCUGUGCUCUUCUGGGUUCACAUCUUUGCCAUCUUCUCAAUGGCUGGAUGGAUGGUAUUGUAUAUCAACAUACUCUUCUAGAUUCUUCCCUUUUUUUUUUUUUUAAUUUCUUGUGUAAUGCCACAUGAGCUGAGCGACCUUCCUCUUGUUUGCUCUUAAUAAAUCAAAGUAUAUUAUAGU